AUGCGAGAGUUCACACUGGAGAAAGACCAUUUUCCAUUUUCUAAUUCUUCUGACCUAAGAAGACAUGCGAGAGUUCACACUGGAGAAAAACCAUUUUCGUGUGAAUAUUGUUCAAAAGCAUUUUCUGUGGCUUACGACCUAACAAGACACGCGAAAGUUCACACCGGAGAAAGAUCAUUUUCUUCUGCAGACCUGAAAAGACAUGCGAGCGUUCACAGUGGAGAAAAACCAUUUUCGUGUGAAUAUUGCCCGAAGGCCUUUUCCACGCCAUGGCAAUUAAAAGCACAUUUGCGAGUUCAUACUGGCGAAAAACCGUAUUCGUGCGAGUAUUGUUCAAAAACAUUUUCGUUAUCUUCAACUCUAAGGAGACAUAUGAGACUUCAUUCUGGCGAUGUGCAAAAGCAUUUCUGA